CAUUAGACGUUACUAUUUAUUACACAUUAAAAAAAGGGCCCUGUUGUUCGUAUUUUUCCCACAAGCUAUGAUGACGGAAAGCAUUGGUGGAAGCCAAGAAAGCAGUCAGCUGUUUGCCCUAGGUUUUCCUGUAACAUUGUCGACACAAGAAUAUACAAAACAGAAGCUGGAGUCUGCCGUGUCUCUCCUGCACUCACAAACAGUGUCCGGGCCCGUCCUGACGGAAAUUGUUUCCUUAUUGCUGCCUCACGUUGAAGACGAGAAAUAUUCCUCUGUUUGGGUGGUCCUGUUGGACAAACUGUGUGGACUUGGCCAUCUCCCAGAGACGGCUGAGGUGUACAGACAGUUGGAUGAGUGGCAGGACAAGGUGUUCUCCUGUGAUGGCAUCCCGAAGAAUGUUCUCCAUCGCCUGUGGUUGACGCGUCUGCCAAGUUUGGAGUUUGCUGUCCUCAAAUUUGUGGACGUCGCAGCUUCUCAAGCGGAUAUUUCACCAGACAACAUAUCGUCACUCCUCUCUCGGAGUCAUUUAUUUGACUGCAAAAUGUUCCUGGGAGACGGCGCAGAUGGGUGACUGACUAUUUUUGGAACUCGGGAGCACCCUUAGUUUUUCCUCCCUGUGUCGUCUCGGUGAUGAGGACAGUGCAGCCGUAGACCAUGUUGGACGCCCACUUCAGAAAGCAUAUGUGAGGCAGCGGGGUGAAAUGAGGCGCUCGUCAAAAUACAGAAAUCGGAGAAACAGGCAUUU